AAAGGUGCUGGCGGCGCCCGCCAGAGACAAGUGCGCCGGCUUUCCGCGCUCCCCAGCGGCCCGCGGGAGGCGACGAACUGCGGGAAGGACAAACGGACGCACCGACGGCUGCUAGUUGGGCAAAGAGCCGCAGACGUGAAGCUCUCGGACUCCAACCGACUCGCAGCGGGCAGCGGCUCCAAAGAGCCCGCAGGGCCGGAGCGCCCUCUCCAAACCCCGGCGCACAGCCUCACCCCACGCACCUCCCGCGCCCGCGCCCGCGCCCGCCGGUCAUGCAGUGGACCCAGGACUGAGUGGCCGCGGAGUCUGCUCUCCGGGUCCCGCUUGGCGCCUUCCCGGCGCUCCGGGUAGUGCUCGCGUCUUUUGGUGGGCUUCCCGGCAGCGGCGCGGCGCGGGGACUUUUCGUCUCUCCCUGGCCUCUCCCCAGCGCGUCUAUGAGCGCAGCGUUCCCGCCGUCGCUGAUGAUGAUGCAGCGCCCGCUGGGGAGUAGCACCGCCUUCAGCAUAGACUCGCUGAUCGGCAGCCCGCCGCAGCCCAGCCCCGGCCAUUUCGUCUACACCGGCUACCCCAUGUUCAUGCCCUACCGGCCGGUGGUGCUGCCGCCGCCGCCGCCACCGCCGCCCGCGCUGCCCCAGGCCGCGCUGCAGCCCGCGUUGCCGCCCGCUCACCCUCACCACCAGAUCCCCAGCCUGCCCACUGGCUUCUGCUCCAGCCUGGCGCAGGGCAUGGCGCUCACCUCUACGCUCAUGGCCACGCUGCCAGGUGGCUUCUCCGCGUCGCCCCAGCAUCAGGAGGCGGCGGCCGCCCGCAAGUUCGCGCCUCAGCCUCUGCCGGGCGGCGGCAACUUCGACAAGGCGGAGGCGCUGCAAGCCGACACCGAGGACGGCAAAGGCUUCCUCUCCAAGGAGGGCUCGCUGCUCGCCUUCUCCGCUGCCGAGGCGGUGCAGGCAUCUCUCGUCGGGGCUGUCCGAGGGCAAGGGAAAGACGAGUCAAAGGUGGAAGAUGACCCGAAGGGCAAGGAAGAGAGCUUCUCGCUGGAGAGCGAUGUGGACUACAGCUCGGAUGACAAUCUGACUGGCCAGGCCGCUCACAAGGAGGAAGACCCAGGCCACGCACUGGAGGAGACCCCGCCAAGCGGCAGUGCGGCAGGCAGCACCACGUCCACAGGCAAGAACCGGCGGCGGCGGACUGCCUUCACCAGCGAGCAGCUGCUGGAGCUGGAGAAGGAGUUUCACUGCAAAAAGUACCUCUCCCUGACGGAGCGUUCGCAGAUCGCCCACGCCCUCAAACUCAGCGAGGUGCAGGUGAAAAUCUGGUUCCAGAACCGCAGAGCCAAGUGGAAACGGGUGAAGGCGGGCAAUGCUAACUCCAAGACGGGGGAGCCCUCCAGGAACCCCAAGAUUGUCGUCCCCAUCCCUGUCCAUGUCAGCAGAUUCGCUAUUAGAAGUCAGCAUCAGCAGCUGGAGCAGGCCCGACCCUGAGGGCCCAGCCACCGCUGGCAGCCUUGGAGAAGACCCAGCACCCGAGGGAACCCAUGGUGGACUCCACUGUGUGUGUGAAGCGAAACUCAAAAUCUUCCCAGACGUGGACAUCCCAAGCAAAUCGAGAAUAUAUCCAUUAAACAGGCUUAAAAGACUGCUUUUGAAGGGGCUACAGCCACACCUGAAGAUACACUAAAUAUUUAUUAUACUAUCCUACUUUGUACAUAGAUAUCUAUAUAGACUGGAUCUCAGCUGCAGUAUUUUGAAAGUUAUAGGACCAAAUUACCUAGUAAUAUUCUCCACUCACAUUCCAGAAGAAACCAAACCCUCUGCUGUAACCUGCCGUGCUUAGCAGCCAUCUCUCCAUACUUUUCCAAAGGUAAACAUGAAACACAAGAACAAACACUGGGGCUUAAACUUAUUUUUGUUUCUAUUCUGGCUUUUUGAGUUGACCGCAAAGCAGAGAGUGUUGGGCAGCCUGGAAUUUGCUUUGCUUUCCUUUGCUUUGCUUUGCCUGGCUUUCUUUCUUGGGGUUGCUUAUCCUAUCUGAGCCAUGUCUGAAGCGCGUCUCCGUUGUGUUUAAUUUAUUUCAAUGUAGUUUAUUUUCUUAUAAGUUAUGACAUUUAAACAAUCUCAGUCUUGUGAAUAAUAAAAAGGAACAAGGAAAAAAAUCAA